ACAGUACGUGGAUGUGAAAAUCUCCUCCCAAAAGGAUCUCUCGAUCAUACUACCCCGGAGGCUUACGACUGUCUUGUCGUCCUAAUUGUCAUCAGCAUCACUGCCUCUCCGAUCACAACUGCUUUGAACGCACUGAUAAUAAUCGCUGUUAAAGGUAAUCACCGAUUGAAAAACAAGUCUAAUAUUGCACUCGCUUGCUUGUCGACUACUGAUCUCGUAAUGGGACUGAUAGGUCAACCUGCUUUUGUCUCUUGGAUGAUCGCACAUUUGCAACGCAACAAUACCAGUGCGUUUUCGUACUGUAUAAGAGCAUUUUCAUCAACAAUCACUUUGAGAGUAUUAGGAAAUGCAUCACUGUCCCACCUGGCCAUGAUCAAUGUAGAAAGGUACAUUGCCAUCAAACAUUCCCUGCGGUACGAAACCAUCGUCACUGAAAAUCGCCUUGUGGGUUUGUCUGCACUUUUCUGGAUGAUAGCAAUACCAUUAACAGUGCCUUCCACUUUUGCUUCUGAUAAAAACAUUUUCUCUGUAAUUAACGUUAUUACUAUAUCUUUAUGCCUAACCAUAAUUUUCUCUUGCCAAUUCGUGCUUUACUACGAGAUAGGUCGGCAUCAAAAACAAAUUGCUUCCCACCAAGUCUCUUUAGAAGCCAGAGAGAAAUUCUUGAAGGGGAAAAAAGCUUUUAAAAUGACCGCAACGGUAUUUUUCUUCUUAAUUUUGUCUUAUUUACCCUUAAUAUUAGUCAAUCUAUUAAGACUGACUCCUGUAAGAUUUUCAGUUAAUAUUAAUUACAUCACUCUCCAUACUAGCCUCACUGCGGUAGUUUUAAACUCGAUGAUCAACCCAAUUAUUUACUGCGUAAGAAUCAGACAGUUUCGCGUUGCAUUUAUUAAGGAUUUGUUCAAAAAAAGCAGUGCUGAGGCUGAAAACCUCGAAAAAAGAAUCUUUGCAAGAUUAAAUCAUCCGCAUCAAGACGUGUCCUUGGACUGAAAACAGUGUACAAACUCACCAAGGGAGGUUGAAUUAAACUUUUUGUCUUCUACUAAGUCAAGCGAAGCUCACACUGGCAAAGAUACAAAGAAAUGAUAAAUUUGAGGCAUUCAGUGUAAUUAUAUUUCAAUUCUAUAAAAAGAGUUGAACGAUAGUUAAGAUAUAAAGAAUUCCAAGCUCUGACAGCGAUCUUCAAAGUGCCUUAGUUUAUUGGUACUUAAUUUUCGUUUUUCGCGUUUGCAGAAAAAUCACGAAAUCAGACUCACUAAUAAAAUUCCCACAAAAUUUAAUACCCAUAUAGAAAAUGAUUAGUAUUUUUAUGUUAUUAAAAUAGCAUUAACAUAUACUGAACAGGAUACAUCUAUCGAAAAAUACUGACAGAUCAUUAACUGGUUUUAUUAACUGGUUUUAUUCCAUUCUGUCUGUAUCUUUCGCUUUUUCUAGUUUUUCUCACGAUUUUUUUCGAUAUUUUAAAAACUUCAGUCAUUUGAACUGGAUUAAAAUCAAGUUGACGAUGCUUGGAUCGCAAAAUUUAAUGCCCUUUUCCAUAUAUGCCUGUAACAAACGCGAAAAUAAAACCCCGCAAAAUAGUCGUGAAAUUUUAAAGUACCCCGAAAUUAAUUAAGUACCAAUACGUUGCAUCAAACCAUCAGUGUAAUAUCUAUGUCGUGGGAAAUCGUUUGAAAUUAUACUUUUGGAUCAGAAGAUGUAUACAAAUGAAAACGGUUCACUAUUAAAGUUCUGCCAUUAUAAUCCACUUAGAGGCGAGGCAUCUUGUUUUAUUUUAUUUAUGUACUGAGUUUUAACUUUCUUAACUAUAUGCAUCGCCAUCCAUACAAAUAAACAAGCUACUUCUUUUUGUCCAUUAAGCCUUGUCGAAAGCCUUGUGGGUGCUUCAUUUGAAGAAUACAUGUUUGCCGCGUCAUAGUAAUUGCAUUUGGCAGUUGAAAUUUUCAUUGUGUAUCAGCUCAAUAAUUAUGAUAACAAUAAUAAUAAUAAUAAUAAUAAUAAUAAUAAUAAUAAUAAUUAUUAUUAUUAUUAUUAUUAUUAUUAUUAUAGUCGAAAAUCCGCUAACGGCCUUCUCUCUACAGGGGCCACUUAUUUUGGUGGACAGUCCAUGCAUUGAAUCUUGUUUCAACCUCUCUAUAACGCCGCCCUCCUAUCUACAGCGCGUGCCACUUUCUUCUGUUCGUUAUUGUUAUUAUCAUUAUUAAAAAUAUGAAAAGAAGCGAAAAUACAACUCUCGCGUCACAGAAAUAGAGCAAAGCACAUUCACCCCACUAGUGUUCACAACAACGGGAGGGAUGGCUGACGAAUACCUGAGAUACCACUUUAGAUUAGCCGAGCUAUUAUCUACAAAAACGCAAGAGAGCUACGCCACAACAAUUUCAUGGGUCAGGGCGAAAGUGUCCUUUGCAAUUUUGCAGAGCGCGCUCCUAUGCCUAAGGGGAUCGAGAACCCCGAGAAGAAGGAACUUAGAUGUUAAGGACAGGGAUCUAGAAAUAGAGAAGGGUCAAGGUCCCUAGACUCAACAGCUAUAGAUACUUUAUUAUUGGGAUGUACAUAGAAAGUUUCAUUUUUUAGUUUAUAGACAGUUGUUUACAUUUGCUCUGAUGAAAACCACCGGACCACUAAGAAGUCUUUUUUUAACUAUAGUUAUACUAAAUUUGUAUUUAAAUUUCAAUUUGAGAAGAGUUUAAUAAAGUAUGUUUUUUUGAUUAAAUUAUUGUUAUUAUUAUCAUUAUUAUUAAUAAAAUAAGAUUCCAGUCAACUCUAACGCCUUUUUUUGAGCAAAACAUUUUUGUGUCCAUGGCAUUUUUUUUAUAGAGUAUUGUCCAUGUCAUGUAGAAAAGCAACAAUUAUAAAAGAAAUUAUCGCACUUGUUUUUUCGAUGUUUGAUGAUGAAUGGAAAUGGCACCGUUUUCAGCUAAGACAAAUGUAUUAGCAGCAUUUAAGCGGCUUCAGUUUUAAUUGAAAAUUCGCGAAACUUCCUCUAUAGCUACUUCUACACAAAUACCUCACCACAAAAAUGCCACUGAAAAACGGCAUAAGCAAACAACACAGUAAACAAGCUAAGACAUGGGAAGUUGAGCGAAAUUAUAAAAUGUUUGCUAAUCCGGUUUCAUAAAUCCAGGUGGACAUAAAAGAUCAUAACUGCUACGCUUAAUAAAACAUCUGCUACAGUAACAAAUUCAACGAAAUCUCUAUUUAAGGUUCAAAGUGUGAUAUUCUGAUUGGUUUGUCGAUUUUUUUUCCAGACACUUUCAGUUUAAUUAAAAAUAUAACCGCCGUAAUAAACUGUCCCACUCGAUAAAACUGCAGUCACACUAUAACUCAAACAGAAUUAAAGCUACAAAUUCAACGAAAGCUAUAUGUAAGCCUCACUUUUAUGAUACGUUGGUUGGUUUUUUGGCGUUUGGAUUAACAAAGCUUUCAGUUUAAUUAAAUGUAUAUAUCUAUUUAUUGAAAAACUGAAUAAUUGGAUAAUGCAAUUCCAGAGCCAUGAUUGGCUUAGCCAUCGUGGCAUUAUGAUAUGAGACAUUCCACCAUGCUCUCCAAAUAUGGUAACUGUACACGUCAGCUCAAAAUUAAAACAGGCUGGAAAUCGGUUGUUUUUACAAAUAAAGUCGGGAAGAAUUCUCCAUAUUUUGUGGGUGUUUCUAAUAAAACAAUUAUUCCACUCGCGCUUGUUGGAUAUGAGAUGAUUAUAGUCAACUCAGAGCUAUGCGCCUCGUUGGCUAUCUACCAUCUCAUAUCCAACGCCACAAAGCGCACUCGUGGAAUAAUUGUUAAAUAUUCACUGUAUUUCACUUUUUACAUCGAUUUGUGAUUUUUACCUUAAGAUACCCCUAAGACCAUUUUUUCUGUUGAAACAAGGAAAAUCCUCCCAUUGCCGAACGAAUACUUCUUUGAAACGUUUAUAGCAGGUGCAAUCAUUUAGAGUGCAUAAAAUCGAGUCCAAGAUCCGUGUUUGGUGACAAAUGAAAAUGGCACUGUUGUCAACUAAAACAAAUGUAUCAGCUAAAUUUAAACGGCUUCAGUUUUUACGAGGCUUGUUUAACUAAGAACACCAAGCCGGCGAGCAAGCUCUUCACUUGAAGGAGUGGCGAGAAGUCAUGCGAGAGCAGCGCGAAAGACUCGCUCCUAGCGCGUUCUCUUGCAGCUUCCUUCGCUUGCCGUAAGUGCCGUAAGUGGAGAGCUUGUUAGAUUGCCAAAGAACACCAAUAAUUAAAACAAAGAAAAACGAUAUCUUUCAUAUCUCUCAAGUUCAUAAAAGCAGUGUUUCUUGUAAAAACAAAAUCUUCGUGUAUCGCUCGUAUUACUUCUCUGUACCUUGUCGAAUUCCUAAAAUAACAAUUUGAACUGUGAGUUUUCGUUUUCGGAGUAAAAACGACUCGAAGUAAUCGUCUGAAAUUCAGGCUACCUUAGAAUCAUUCAUCGAAUAUUCAUACAUUUGACACGUGCAAUGCAGAGAAAAAUUCACUGACUGUUUUCAAACGAAACGUUUGAAAGUAAACGGUUGAUAGAUGGUCGUACCAUCGCCACAAACACAUCUUCACCAAGGCAAGGCAAAGAAAAGGCAUGAAUUCAACUGCAGCCCCAGAUACAAAAAGGAUAGCUCCAGCCUACAGUGCAGAGAUAUUUUGGGUGGACGAAACUUGUUCAUGUUCGUCUUGCUGUAGCCGCCAUCUUUGAUUUUAUGACAGAAGAAGAUUGGGGAGAGUAACCUUUGCUCUUGAAUGUGUUCCACCAAUACCAAUUCCCAACGGAAUUCUUGAUGAAAGUAGUCCCGGAGCUUAUUGGUGGCUAAGCAGCUUAUCUUCAUUGCCGUCAUCAUUAGCGUCCCACGCAGACUUUCUUAGAGGUUCGUCACGCGUUCCUGGCCCACUUAGUGAGGCAGGAACGCGUGACGAACCCCUAAGAACGUCUCCGUGAGAGGCUACGUCAUCAUCAGCGUUACUUGUCCACUGACUCCUGUUAUGAAUGCACUUACCAUCACAGUGGCGUAACGUCCAUAUACUCACAUACGCCCGUGCGUACAUGUGCAGUUAAAAUAUUGAAAAAAUGACACCAUUAUGACGUCAUCAUAACGAGGCAUUUACUUAGACAAGGGGCCUCACGCUCAGGCGGCAGGUAUAUGGAGCGUAUCUAGUUUCUAACCAAUCAGAAUCUAAGGCGUUCCAGGUGUCAUUAUAGUUCUUAACCGUACUUUACCAUGUGCUCGCCCCUUUAGACUGCUCACUAUCACACAGUGCACAUCACUUGGCUUGAAUUGAAUUCUCGCAAUUUUUUACCACCUACCCUGCCGCCUGUCUGUGCUCUAAUUAUUUACUUUGUGUAACUGUAUCGACCUAUUUGGUGGCGGAUUUUUCCCCACCUUUGCUGAAGAGAUAUUUGUGUAUUGUCAUUAGCAGAUCAUGAGAAUAAAGUUCGUCAUCUUUAGUGGCCACAAAUUGACUCCAACCAAAUUUGAGUCAGUCUUUGAUUACGCAACUUUUCAGAAAACGAGUGCGCCGCCACGUACAGCUCUCGGUCGCGCUCAGGAAAAUUAUCUCAUGUCAAAUGACUUGGUAUAAUAAAAAUAUAUUUUUAUUUCCUGAAAAAGCAUUUUUUAUCAUUAAAUCGGAAUGAAUGAUACAUUUUUCGCCACUACCGAAUCCUUGUGUUAGUAUGUCCUUUAUUCUUUUAUUAUCCCAUAAUUUUGAUGACGUCACUGGCCUUUUUUUCCCGGAAACACUGUACUUUACAGACAACACUAGAAAUAGGAAAAAUACACAAUUAAUUGCAUUUUCCUUAGUAUAAAUUUACUGAAAAUAUCCUGCAGUAAACGCUGGAGGUGGUAUUUCCGAGACCCUAAAUUUAAAAAUUUCUCGAGUAGCAUGCCCCCAGAUCUCCCUACGGUGGGCCGCCUUCGGCACUACAACUUUUCUUCCGCGCGUGCGUACACCUACAAAAUCUCACUCUACGCCCCUGCAUCAUGAUUAUUAGAGGUUGUAAUUGAUUUAUUUUCUUCUAAGAUUGAAGCGAAUCUGACACAGGCAAACAUACAAAGAAGGGAUAAAUGUGUGGCGAUCAGUGUAAUUAAUUUCAGCUUUACAAAUUGAGUAUGCGCAUUAUAGCAAUCUUCAAAAUCAUUGUGUAAUACUAGUAAAUGUAAAUAAAAACAGGUCACUAGAGCGGUUUUCACUUGACUGUCGAAAGGGAUUGGUUUUGGUUUUGGUUUUGGUUUUACUACGCCCUUUGGUUGGCUAGUGUAUUUACUUUGGUUUUGGUUUUACGACAGUCAAGUGAAAACCGCUCUAUUGAAGUUAUCUUAUAUGCUUUAUUUGAUAAAAAAGGGGAUAAAAUAAUAAUAAUAAUAAUAAUAAUAAUAAUAAUAUUAUUAAUAAUAAUAAUAAUAAUAAUAAUAAUAAUAAUAAUAAGGAGUUCUGUUAGUCUGACGUUUUUGCGGUCGUCGCUUCUCUCCACCCGAUAAGCGACGACCGGUAAUGCGUCUGUGUCCGCAGGCUAGAGUUAUGCAGACUCUCCAUUAGUUGCACCGUACGGCAAUUGUUAUUCACAUUUGGGACAAAAUCCUUGCGAAAAUGGAUCAAUCCGUUGCACGAAUGAAAAAGUAACUACAGCUGGAUAUCAAGUCAUCUAGUGCGAAAUUGGCUCCACAAAGACAGUUUAGCUCAGUUUUUACUCUCUUUACUGUUUAAGAAGGGUAACAGAAGCGAUGUCUUUCAACUCAGAACAGCUGUAGAAAGUUGUUGACGCGAGCAAAUUGUAUCCCCUCAAUUAUUUAUUUUCAAAUACCCUGGUGAUCCUCAGUAGAAAGAGUAGGAAAGUCAUAACAAAGCCUCACUUUUUGUUAAACAUGAAUUAAAGCUCAUGUAAUUAUCACCACCUUCCAUUCACCAUUCACUGAAAUUCAAAUUGGCACAGAUCAAAAAAGGGAGUGUUUACUUUUGGAACAUCUUUUAGAUGUAACACGCUUCACUCUGUCAACUGAGUGGGAGUUGAGCCCUCGUCUGACGAGAGAGGGAGUAUCUUGAAAGGUAAUUAGUUCAGUGUUACGGACAUGACACACUUUUACUCAGACCCACUUUAAGACUUUUAUCAAACAUUUUAACGCCAUGAGCCGCAAUCUGGCCUGUUACGCAUUUAAAUUUGUUUCUUUUGUUAAAACAGUGAAAAAAGAUGAUAAGAGUUAACUUUUCCCUGACUUUUGUAUGAAAUAUCCGCUAAUGCAUCGUUUGUGUUUCAAGUGAACCAUUAUUAAUUGUCCCCCAAAAAAUAAGAAUUUAAUAUUGUAAAGAGGACAAACCUGUAUCAUGAUUUACGAAAAUUUAUCAUCAUCAUCAUCAUUAUUAUUUUUGGAGUAUUUUUAAGAAAUAAAGAUGAAUUUUCUACAGUAGGAAAACUAAAAAUAAAAAGAUAUUUGCCCGAUUUUAAUGAUGAUGACUUUUAGCUUAAGACUGAUGAUGCUUUUAUAAACUACAGCCACUUUCAUGAUUUUCAAGAGGACCACCUUUUAUACUGUAUCCUUCAACUUUUAAAAAGGAAAAACUAAGCCUUUGAUUAACAUGAAUAAUCAUUUUCAUGUAUUUGACACCUGCAAUGCUACGACAAACUCACUGACUGUAAAAAAUAUAUAAAUUGAAAUUCAAAUCCAAACUUCACAAAACCCAUACCACACGAGCAGUCGGUCGAGCAAAAAGUACGAAAGUAACGUUGGCUGAUCAAUACUCGUGCCAUAGCUACAAACAUAUCUUCACCAAGGCAAGCCAAAGGGACAAUGUGAAUUCAAGUGCAGUCUCAGAGACGAAGAGGAUAGCUCUUGCAUGUGAUCCAGCGAUUCCGUAUGGCUUUCUUGAUGAAACUACCAUGUGGGCUUAUGGUUGGCUUAUCCUCAUUGCCGUCAUCAACAUCGUUGCUUGUCCACUCACAGCUGUUAUGAAUGCACUGGUCAUAAUCGCUGUUAAGACUAAACACCGAUUGAAAACCAAGUCAAACAUUGCACUCGCCUGCUUGUCGACUACUGAUUUGACAAUGGGGGUAAUAGGUCAACCAGCUUUUAUCGCUUGGGUGAUCGUACAACUGCAAGGAAACACCUCCAGUACGUACUGUAUCAAGACAGUAUUAUCAAGACUCGCCCUGAGGGUAUUAGGUAAUUUAACACUUUCUCACUUAGCCAUGGUCCACGUAGAGAGGUACAUCGCCAUCAAACAUUCCCUGCAGUACGAAACCAUCGUCACUGAGGAUCGCCUUGUAUGUUUGUCCGCACUUCUUUGGAUUAUACUGCGACCAUUAAUAGUACCUUUCUCUUUUCUUGGUGAUAAAAUAAUUUCCAUUAUAGUUGAUGUCAUUAUCAUAUCUUUAUUCACAGCUACAGUUUUCGUCUGUCAAGUCGUACUAUACUACGAAACGAGUCGGCAUAAAAAACAAAUAGCUAACCAGCAAGUCUCUUUGGAAGCCAGAGAGAAAUUCUUGAGGGAGAAUAAAGCCUUUAAACUGACAGCAACGGUACUUAUCUGUUUAAUAUUGUGCUAUUUACCUCUAAAUUCAGUUAAUUUAGGAUACACUGCUCUCUCUACCGGCCUCACAGCGGCUGUUUUUAACUCUAUGGUCAAUCCAUUUAUUUAUUGUGUAAGUAUCAGACAGUUUCGCGUUGCGUUUAUCCAGCUUGUCUUUAGAAAAAGCAACGCAGACGCUGAAAACAUGGAAAAACGAGCUUUU